GACGCGAUGGCUUCCCGGGAAACCUCGACCGACGUGGGGUGCAGCUCGUCCGAGGAGGACGGUAACCGUGCGGAGGAGAAGACGUCUCCGGUGGCGCGGCACCACCACCUCCACCGGCACCCGUUCAGCGUGGAGGCGCUCAUGUCCGGGAGGAAGACGGACGGAGGCUCGCUGGCGGCGUCCCCGACCGGCCGGAACUCCCUGUAUCUGUACCGGGAGACGUGCAGUCCUCCCGGGGCGCGCCGCAGGAGCUUAGCCGCCGCGGUGCCUUCGUCGCCGGUCAAAUCCGAGGCGUCGGAGCCGGAGGAGUGCGCGCCGUGGAUCACCGGCAGCGCGUUCUGCUCGCAGCCGCGUCCCGUCGGCGCCGGCUGCCCGUUGAGGAAGCACAAGACCAACAGGAAGCCGCGGACGCCGUUCACCACGUCGCAGCUGCUGGCGCUGGAGAGGAAGUUCCGCCAGAAGCAGUACCUGUCCAUCGCCGAGCGGGCCGAGUUCUCCUCCUCGCUCACGCUGACGGAGACCCAGGUGAAGAUCUGGUUCCAGAACCGCCGGGCGAAAGCCAAGCGGCUCCAGGAGGCCGAGCUGGAGAAACUCAAGAUGGCCGCGAACGCCAAGACGGCGGCGGUCGCGGCGGCGGGCGGAGGCGGCUUGCACCCCGGCUUCACGUUACCGCUGUCGCUGGGCGCCAUGUCGCUGGGCGCCAUGUCGCUGUACGGACCGCCGUUCUCCGCCUACCACCAGCACCACCGGCCCGUGCUGCCGCUGGCGCCCAUCGGGCUGUACGCGGCGCCGCUCGGCUACAGCAUGUACCACUUCUCAUGAGACAAUGGAGAUCCCCCCCCCCCAUAACGGACGUGGAACACGCGCGUGUGGCUGAUUUUUAAUAAAUGUGUUUUUUAAUAUAUCUUCUGCACAAAGAAGUCGAAUAGAACAGAAUCUAUUGUCCAGGAUAAAUGUUACUCUGCUGCCGGGGUCCUCUUUCGGCCCUUCGGACUGCCUGUUUACAAUCUACUGAGCGAGGGGGGGGGGGGGGGCUGUUCACGCCCCUCACUCGUUCACUUUAUGCAAUAAUUGAGCCGAAGGACGAGAACAACAACACAAAGUACACAAAGAACAACGUUACACACUUUACACUUUACUCUCCUCCAGCCUCAAAGCCUCUCAGUGCCUCGUCGACCAACGGCCUCCAGCUGGAGAGAGAGUGUGUGUGUGUGUGUGAGAGUGAGAGUGAAAGUGUGUGUGAGAGUGAGUGUGUUUGUGUGUGUGUGUGUUAAUGUGAAUGUGUCUGUCUGUGUGAGAGUGAAUGUGUGUGUCUGUGUGCGCGUGUGUCUGUGUGUGACUGAGAGUGAAUGUGUUUGUGUGUGUGUGUGUGUGUGUGUGUGAGUGUGUCUGUGAGAGUGAAUGUGUGUGUGUGUCUCUGGCUGUGUGAGUGUGUGUGUGUGUGUGUGAAUAUGUGUGUGAUUGUGUGUGUGUGUGAGAGUGAAUGUGAUUGUGUGUGUGUGUCGCUCAGGCCAAAUAAAACAUGUCACUGAAGCGUUCUUUUAAUUUCCUCUUUUUAAAGACGGAGAGGUUUCACCGUCGCUAUGACGAUUCAUCGUUAACGUCUUCGUCGUCUUCAUCUUUGAUCUCCCGGAGCAAUAGAUCUUAAUCUUUGGGAUGUUUUGUCGGCUCCUCCCGUCGUCUCUCUUUACGGGACAAACGUCUCCAAACUAUUUAUAUUUGUCUUCCGGCUCGUCCCUUUGAAAGGGAGCGACGUCUAUAUGUGUUGUUGUUUUCCACCGAUGUGUUUAUUAGUUAAACCAACAAAACAAUGAAAGCCUUACGGACUCCUCUGAACACGCUGUGAGAAAUAAUAAAGAAUAUAAAGUUAAA